AUGGACUCCCAGUCUGAUCCAGCAAGGCUUGUUGGGGUACUGACCCAACUCUACCAGCACAUUGUGGCCUUGGCAUUUGCUGUAAGGGAAAUCAAUUUAAACCCACGACUCUUACCCAACAUUACUCUGGGCUUCCAGAUCUAUAAUAACCAGUUCAGUACAAGCACAAUCUAUCAAGCUUCAAUGGAACUUCUCUCAACUCAGGAAAGUUUAAUCCCAAACUACAAGUGUGACACCCGGAGCAAUCCAGUAGCAGUCAUUGGGGGACCUGAUUCCAAUGUCUGCCUCCAUAUGGCAACCAUCCUGAGCUACUACAAGAUGCCACAGCUUGCAUAUGGUUCCGCACCAGUACUGGAUACUGAAAAACAAGGUGCUUUCAUCCAACAGAUGUUCCCAUAUGGGGCUCACCAAUAUAUGGGGAUUCUCCAGUUACUUCUUCAUUUCAGGUGGACAUGGAUUGGGGUGAUUUAUUUCGAUGAUGACAACGGAGAGAGGUUUGUGCAGAAUGUGCUUCCCAUCUUCUCCCAAAGAGGCAUCUGCUUUGCCUUCGUAGAAUGUUUACCAAAACAGGGAUCCUCCGAUACUUUUGGUGCAAUUGCGGGAAAGGGGGUCAACAUGACUGCGGGCAUCAUGGCAAGCACUGCCACUGUGGUGGUUGUGCAUGGUGAAAUUCAGACCAUGCUAGUCUUGAGGACAUUGAUUGAGUUUUGGGAGUUCAGUAGUAGCCUAAAGAAUACAAAACUCCUGGUUAUGACAGCUCAAAUGGAUUUCACAUCAUUUCAUUUGCAAAGACAGUGGGACAUAGACUUCAUCCAUGGUGCUCUAUCUUUUGCAGUCCACUCUGAAAGGGUGUCAGGAUUCCAUACAUUUAUUCAGAACAGGAACCCUAUUUCAGAAAAAGAAGACAAAUUGCUUAGAGUAUUCUGGGAACAAACAUUUACCUGUCUUCUCCCUGACACCAAGGUAGACAUGGCAAAUGAGGAAUUCUGCACGGGGAAGGAGAAGUUAGACACUCUUCCAGCAUCAGUUUUUGAAAUGACUGCAACUGCCCACAGUUACAACAUGUACCUUGCUGUUUAUGCUGUGGUUCAUGCCCUGCGAUCCAUGGAUUUGUCAAAGUCCAAAAAGGAAGCGAUUGCAGGACGGCAGAGAAAGAAGUUUCUCAUUGAACUGCCAUGGCAGCUGCAACAACGAUUUCACAUGGCGGCCGGCCCACCUGGUCUGGGAAUGGAGACUGCCAACUAG